AUGUUAAAGAUAUUCAAGAAACAGAAGCCAGUUACCAUCAAUUACUAUGAUUUUGAGGUCCAAAGGCAGGUUUGUCCCAGAAACUGGACUUCAGCAACAAACCACCACCACAAGCCCCAGCCCGCCUCAGGCGAAAUGCGCCGAAGGCCCCUCAACGCGCAGGCGCACCUGCAGCCAGCCUGUCGAGUCGCCAGCGCCCCUGCAGGGGGUGGAGGGCUCGCGCAGGCGCAUGAGAAGUUAGCAGCGCCGCGAGGCUACCACGCAGGCGCAGCAGGCCGAAGGGCAACGAACGGGCGGUCUAGUCCGGGUCAGCCAUGGCGGAGGCGUCCAGAUGGCAGCAACCCGGUGAGGAGGGGGUCUCCUAGGACUUCAAAACCUAAACUACAUUACAGAAAGGAUGUAGAAAUUGGAACCACACUUCAGGAGCUGUUGCUUUACUUGAUCUUUUUAAUAAAUCUAUGUAUAUUGACUUUUGGAAUGGUAAACCCACACAUGUAUUACUUAAACAAAGUUAUGUCAUCUCUAUUUUUGGACACUUCUGUGGCUGGUGAUGAAAGAACCAACUUUAAGUCUAUUCGCAGUAUAACUGACUUUUGGAAGUUUAUGGAAGGACCCCUUUUGGAAGGUUUGUACUGGGAUUCGUGGUACAAUAACCAGAACCUGUAUAAUUUACACAACAGUAGUCGUAUCUACUAUGAAAAUAUACUUCUAGGAGUCCCCAGAGUCCGUCAACUAAAAGUCCGCAACAACACUUGUAAGGUCUACUCAUCCUUUCGGUCUCUGAUGAGUGAAUGUUAUGACACAUAUACUUCUAAAAAUGAAGAUCUGUCUGAAUUUGGCCUCAGCACUGAUACUGAAUGGAAAUACUCUUCUUCUAAAACCAAUUCCCCUUUGUACUGGGGAUAUGUUGGUGUUUACCAAGAUGGAGGAUAUAUUUUCACUUUGUCAAAAUCAAAAUCUGAAACUAAAACCAAGUUCGUUGACCUUCGACUGAACAGCUGGAUCACAAGAGGGACGAGGGUCAUUUUUAUUGAUUUUUCACUAUACAAUGCCAAUGUAAAUCUGUUUUGCAUCAUCAGGUUGGUGGCAGAAUUCCCUGCAACUGGAGGAAUACUUACUUCAUGGCAGUUUUACUCUGUGAAGCUCCUUCGAUAUGUCAGCUACUAUGAUUAUUUUAUUGCUUCCUGUGAAAUCAUCUUUUGUAUUUUUCUUAUUGUCUUCACAAUACAAGAAGCCAUAAAAAUAAAGGAAUAUAAGUUUGCCUAUUUCAAAAGUAUUUGGAACUGGCUAGAAUUACUGCUUUUGCUGUUGUGUUUUUUAUCUAUUUCCUUCUACGCACACUGUAAUAUACAAACUUUUCUUUUACUUGGAAAGUUGUUGCAAAAUACUGAAAAAUAUUCAGACUUCUAUUUUCUUGCAUACUGGCACAUUUAUUACAACAAUAUGAUUGCUAUUACUAUCUUCUUUGCAUGGAUAAAGAUAUUCAAAUUCAUAAGCUUUAAUAAGACAAUGUCUCAGCUGUCAUCAACCUUGUCCCGCUGUAUCAAAGACAUAGUAGGAUUUGCCAUCAUGUUUUUUAUAAUAUUCUUUGCUUACGCCCAGUUAGGAUUUCUUGUUUUUGGAUCACAGGUUGACGACUUUUCCACUUUUCAAAAUUCCAUAUUUGCACAAUUUCGAAUCGUUCUUGGAGAUUUUAAUUUUGCCGGUAUUCAGCAAGCCAAUUGGAUCUUGGGACCCAUUUACUUCAUCACUUUCAUCUUUUUUGUGUUCUUUGUCCUUCUGAACAUGUUCUUGGCAAUAAUUAAUGAUACCUAUGCUGAAGUGAAAGCUGACUAUGCAAUAGGCAGAAGGCCAGAUUUUGAACUUGGAAAAAUGAUAAAAAAGGGUUACAAUGAUGCUCUUGAGAAACUGAAACUGAAGAAAGCUGGAAAAGAUGAAGACAAGAAAAUGAGGAGAACCAGCGAAGAUUUGGCGGAACAAGCCAGAAGAGAAGGCUUUGAUGAAAAUGAGAUCAAAAGGGCAGAGCAGAUGAAAAAAUGGAAAGAGAGACUUGAGGAAAAGUAUUAUUCUGCAGAAAUUCAAGAUGACUACCAGCCUGUCACUCAACAAGAAUUUCGAGAACUCUUUUUAUAUGCUGUGGAGCUGGAGAAGGAAUUACGCUACAUCAGUUUAAAACUAAACCGAGUGAUGAGAAAGUUUUCAGCUCUGCAAGAGAAGUGAGUUAUCUUCAUCCAGGAGUUGUGUGACCACUGCAUCGCAAAAUUUUGCUAGCAUAAUACCUGUGAGAAGGUGUCACUUUGGGAAUAAACAGAAAGGUGUUCCACAGUAGGCCUUGAAAUUUCAGUUUGAUUUUGGUUUUCUAGGAAAACAACACAGUUGCGUAUGUGCACUUUUAUAGGCUUUUCUUUCAAAUUUUCAGUCAUUCUGUAAGAAAAAGGCAACUGAAGAAUUCAGUGUGAAGAUUUUCCUCUCAAUUUUCUUCAGUAAUGGAAAAAAAAAGAUGGUAGUAACAAAAAGCUUUGUAUUUUCAGUUCUUGAAGUGGAAAGGAUAAAAUUCUAGUCUUUUGCUAACAGGAUAUAUGUGCAGUACAAAACAAUGAAGGAAGCUGCAUGUCUGCUAAAGGUGGAGAGGUCGGUCUGUAGUUACUGUGGAACAUCACCUGCACUCCUGAGGGGGGGCCUACUUACCCUCCACAACCAAGUACAAAAUGAAACUCUGAGUGCCUGAAAAAAUGAACUCAAGUACCAGCCAA